CCUUAUCGUCAAGCGGCCCACAUCAUGAGACAACAAACCAAGUAUGGAUUCCACUUGUCCAAGGCAGGCUCAGAAGCGUAAAACGUUGCGGAGGUCGAGAUUUGGCUGCCGAAACUGCAAACUUAGAAAACUCAAGUGCGACGAAGACAAACCACAGUGCCAGAGAUGUAGUUUAUUUGGGUUGUUAUGCAACUUCACGUCCAAUGUUCCUGAUCUGCAGCCGGUCGCCGAUGAUUCAAUAAGGCCAUUGAUGGUUCCAAAAAGAGCAGAUCCUCGACGUCCUAUUACCAAUGCUGUUUGGACAUCUGACGCAUCAUCAUUCUAUGGUUUGAACACAAAAUGUCAAGACUUCAUAACCCGGUAUCUGGGGAGAAGUCUCAUCACUCCAGAUGACCCCAAUAUGGUAGUAGUCAACCGAGAGCUUUUGGCACUCGCCUUCACCCACCCUUUCCUGAUGCACGCCUCCUUAGCCGUGGCGCUUGCGUAUGACCACUAUCUGAAUAGCUCGUCAAGCGGUCGUCGCACUCUGGAGGAGUGCUACCACUGCUCCCAAAGCACAUCUCUCUUCAACAGACGGUUAAGGGAGCCGGUCGAAACGAAAGAUAAGGAUGCGAUAUGGGGCACUGCAGCUGCUCUAGCUCUCUUGGCCUUCGCGUCCCCUGAUGCGUCUACGCCAGCAGAAUCGUGGCCCCUAAAGCCUUCUGACCCGUCGGAUUUGGAGUGGUUGCGGAUGGGCAAGGGGAAAAUGUCGUUGUGGCCUGUAAUUAACCCGCUACGACCCGACAGCCUUUUUCGCGUCAUGGCGGGAACUUAUGCUCAAAUGAACUCACCCAUGCUAGAGGAAGGCAUAGAUGGUAUAUCAAAGGCCUUGGCUUUUGUGUGUCAUCUUGAGGAUUCAUCUACGGCAGAAAACAAUCCGUAUUUCAGUGCCGCCCAUGCACUAUCCCAGAUUCAGAACCUCCCGGAUAGCCAGAUCACAGUAGGUCUGACAGAACUCUUCACGCGCAGCAUACAAGGCCCUUUUCAAGCCCUGUUGGAGGGGAAGGACCCCGUCGCGCUUUUGCUCUUGUAUUUAUGGUACCACAAAGCACGCCGUAGUAUAUGGUGGGUUGAGUUGAGGGCUAGAGUGGAAUGUCCUUCUAUUUGCUUAUACCUACGGCUAUACCACUUUGAAUAUAGUGCUGUACAGGACUUCCUCCCAGGAGGACCUCUUGCGGACAACUGGAGUUUUAUGAUAACUGAGAGAACUCUGCUGUGUAUCCAGUACUAACUAUUCAAACCUGGCCUGUAAAGGCCGGAUCCUGUAUAUAAAUAACAAAUAAUUUUGCUAUCUCUAGAGUGAUAGUCGGGGCCUUUUUAGAUUAGGU